AUGGUAGAUCCCACCCGCGCUGUGAUUCUGCAAUCUGCUUUGUAUGUUUUCGAGAAGGAAGCAGAGGAGGGAAAGGCGAACAGCUUGGAAUGGAACCUUGGAAGUUCAGGCACCAAACCUUGUAUCAUAACUCAACGUUCCUUCAGGGCCCUUGGAUUAGGUGGCCCUCCGUGGGAUUACCUUGACCCCUUGCAAUCAUCGCCGAAGCUAGGAUAUUCCCAACUUGCCGAGGUAUCUCUACGUGCGGGUUUGCAGCAGUCGGAGAUGACAUUGAUAUGCCCCCAAUAA